AUGGUGCAGCAUGGUUUCUCACAGGCAGAGCUGCAAGCUGUGUUACAGGUGUGUAUUGGUGCUGGGUUUUUGGCUGUUGUUGCGAAUGUUGAGGCGGUUUCUGCUGUGUAUAUAUCAGUCGAUGAAAUUCUUUCUUCUCCUCCUCCCCUCCCGCCCCACUCAGUUGAUCUGAUCUCCUCAUAUCCUCCAUCUCACCUCUCCCUUGUCCAGCUGAUUGCAUACAUAAAGGGCGUGGCGGCCAUGAUGACAGCAGUGGAGGGGGACAUUGCAUGGGUGCUGCGGGAGGCCAUCCACGCGGACGUGCAGGAGUUUGCACGCGUGUAUGUGGCCUCUCUGCUCAAGCGUGUCUCCUCUUCCAACAUGGACUCACCCUACGCGAGGACGUUGCUGAGGAUCCGCGCAGUGGCGGCGGACUGGGUGGGGAUUCCGGAGGAGGAGGCGCUGGAGGUGGUGGUGAAGAGCAGGAAGGGGCACCCCGUGAAUGAGGACGACCUCAAGCGGCUUGCCUUGCCGCGCCCCACCCCGCCUUCCCUCGCCCAGAUUCACUGCCUACAGCACUUGGUGCAGGCGCUGGUGAUCGGGGCAAGCGCGGGAGUGAAAGGGGGUUUUUUCGGUCCAGAGAAGAGCAAGCAGGGGGGCAAGGAGGAGGGGGGGAAGAGUCGCAGCAAGGGCAGAGACAGGGAGGUGUCAGCCAGUGAAAUCAAGGAGUUGGAUAACUUCUUGCAGCGCCUGCUCUUCUUCCCACACUUGCUUGAUUACCCAAGUACCUCUCUCUUUCGGCUCCUGCUGCCUUCGUCCCCUUUACAAGACGCCUUGCUACAGGUGACAGACCUCUCCUUCCUGUGGCUGCGGGAGUCGUUUCUAGACCCAGCAGCAACGGCACAGGUCCCUCUCUCGGCCAGCCUCCCGUGGGUGCUCACUCUCUCCGCCCUCCAACACACCACCAAUAGCAGCAGCGGCAGCGGCGGCGGCGGGAGCAGCGGCAGUGGCAGCAGCAGUGUGACGGUUGACCAUGUUCCGGGAGGUGCAAGCUCUGCAGAUGGCGGCAGUGCUGCUGGGGCUGGGGAUGCUGCUGCUACCACUGCUGCUGCUGCAGCUGGUGCAUCUACUGCUGCUGCUGCUGCUGUUGCUGCUGGUGGUGCUGCUGGUGGAGUGACGGUGGUCCCAUGGGCGCCAUCCUUACCAGACGCAGUGCUGCUGCCGUUCACCAUCUACGAUGAUGCGGCUGAUGCGGCUCUUCGGUCGCUCAGAAGGCAGUUCCUCUUUGAUGAGGUGGAGGCGGAGGUGAGGACGACAGGGAAGGGCCAAUUCAGCUACUACCACCACCCAUACCAUUCCACAUGCCCCAUCCCGUCCCGCAUGCCCCACCCAUUUCACCAGGUGGGCAUGGCAUUCGACCAGCUGCUGGAGAAGCUGUCUCUCUCCAUCUUCACUCACUUCAAGCAGUGUGCCGCCAGCAAGCUGCUGGACAAGUCCUUCGUGGCGGCAGCAGCAGCGCUGGGCGUGGGAGGGAGGUACAGCGUGACUCCAUGCACCUACAGCGGGCUGCUGCGCCAGACGCACCUGCAGCUAUUGGGCCGCACUGUGGACCUGCGGGAUCUGCUGACCCAGCGACUCAACAAGCUGACGAGGCGCAACCUGGACUAUAUCCUCGCCCGCAUGGAGGGGGCAGAUCUCUGCCACAUCAUGGAAACACAUCACCUGGUGGACGUCCUACGUGGCGCGCACCGAUUGGUCGCAGAGCACUGCCCUGCCAUCGACUCCUUUGAAGCCAUUUUCACCGAGGCCACCCACGCCACCUCCCUCUCCUCUCUCUCCUCCCGCACCGCCUCUUAUGUGUGCAGAGAGGUGGAGCAGGACGUGCUGCCCAACUUCCUCUGGAAUGCCACUACCCGCCGCUUUGUGCGAGUGGCCUCCCCUCCGCUGCAGCAGCGCCCCGUGCGGAGACCUGCGGUUCACCCGCCUGCUCCAGAGGAAUAUGAGGCGUUCAUGUUUGGAAGCAAGGAUCUGAACGAGGCCUAUGCGCACAUCUGUGUGCUGCACGUGCAGUUCCUGGGGCAGCCGCAUGUAGAUGCCGUGGUGGCGCUGCUGGGCCCGCACUCACUGCCCAUGCUGCUGCAGUUCUGCCUCGAUUCCCUUUCCCACAAGGUCUCUCACCAGUUGUCACCUCUAGCUGCCCAGCUGCUGCCCCUCUUGCCUGUUGAAGACCUUCAGACUCCCUUUGAAUCUGGCCUUCCAGCCUGUGUGGAGCGCAUAUCAGGUGCAGCAUCGGCACUGCAGCGCAGAGCAGCAGCGGCAGUGGAGGGGGUGAUGGCUGCGCUGAGGGACGUGGGAUCACUGCUGGGGCUGCUGGCGCUGCUCGACGUUUCCAUUGCACACGCCUCCACCCUGCAGUUCAUCCAAGCAGCGCCAUGGCUGGGACUCGUGCCCUCCCCCAGCCACAACCGUCUGCUGCAGCUGCUCCGAGUCAACCCCUCCGACCUGCCCCCCCACGAGGCCUUCACCCCCAGGGGCCUCCGCCACCGCUCCCCCCGCCACCGCCCCUCCCACGAGUCACGCCGAGAAACAAGGGGCGGUGGAACAACAAGGGCGGAAGCAGCCCGGGCAUCUGUGGCCCGUGGUGGUGCUGCUGCUGCUUUUGAGGCGCCUCAAAAAUCGGAAGCAGCCCAGGCAUCUGUGGCCCGUGGUGGAGCUGCUGCUGAUGCUGAUGCUGAUGAUGAUUGCCGUGGUGAUGUUGCGGUGCGGAGCGGUGCAGAUGGGCAGAGGAUGGAUCAGGGCAGAGAUGGUUUUUUAGCUGCCCGAGGGGGUGAAGGGGAAGCCGAGGACGGGCAGAUUGGUUUUCCGCCGGAAAUUUCCCUCCCUCCUGCUGCAGCUGCAGCUGGAGCUGCUGCUGCUGAUGGUCCUGCUGGUCCUGAUGCUGCUGCAGCUGCGUCUGCAGCUGAUGGUUCGUUGUUGGAGCGUCACAAUCAAUCGCAUGGAUCCCGUCGCUCAGACCCGCACGAUAAACCCUGGCACGGCGAUCCACCCCAGGCGGGCCCUCCUCCUCCGCCUGCCCCCCCAGCGGCACCUCUCACGGACCUGCUGCAGAGGGUGUGUGCGUCCGUGCCCGUGGUGCGCUCCUCCAUGCUCGGCAUGCUGCAGGCUGCUCAGGUCGCAGAGGCCAUCUAUUGGGGCAGCGUGCAGGCAGACAGCCUCUUCGCCCACGCCCUCUCAAUCCUCUCCACCGCUCUCCACCCCUUCCUACCGGUGCUCGCCCCACCGGUGGAGCCUUGGGCGGCCAAGAGGAGAAGCCAGAGAGAGUUUCAUCACCUGCACUCGCUGCUUCUCGCUCUCAUUUGCCAAAGACAAGCAAC